GUUAACAUCUCCGUCUCUACACUUCCCACCAACUGAUCCACUUUCAAAAAUCUCUCCGUAAACUUUGCUCAUUUUUCUUAACCGCUCCACCUCCUCUUUAAUCACUCACUUCCUUAAAUUUUUUAACGUUUAAAAAUUCUCUAAAAUUUUAUGUUAUUUACUUUCACAUCCCCAUUAUUCUUAAUUUUCAAUUUCAUUUUGUCCAUCUGAUCUCAUUCUCCUCUAAAAAUGGUUAAAGAAUCAGACGCCACUAAAUCCCAGUUAGUCUUGGAAAUUUGCUCUAUAUCCACCCCUUUCAUUUCUUGUUCUCAUAAACAUUCUGUUAAAUCUCAUUUUAUUGACUGGUAUCGCAUUCUUGGUGUAAAAGAAGAUGCGGAUAUUGAUGUUAUUCGAAAACGGUAUCGUAAACUCGCUUUGCAGCUUCAUCCUGAUAAAAAUAAGCACCCUAAAGCUGAGAUUGCUUUUAAGCUUGUGUUAGAGGCUUAUUCUUGCCUUUCCGACAAUGUAAAGAGACGAGAAUUCAAUUUUGAGGUGCUGAAAAACUUCUGUUCCGAGUGCAAUGACAAGCGCUGCAGUGAAUCAUAUACGCGAAAACUCAAGGAAUUGAAUCCUGUAACCCGCACGAGAUCUUCCCGGAUUAUGCAAGGUUUGAAAGAUCUUGGACAGAGAUUCAAGGAAGAAGCCAAGGUGAUGGAAAACUGUUUGAAGACAAAUGCAGCACGGAGAAAUGAAUCACCGAUUUUCAGUCCAUCUGAUAAUUUGUAUCGCAGCAAUAUUCGCUGCAGGUUACCGAGAGAAUCGCCAGUUUUUAAUCCGUCUGACUAUCUAUUUGGAGGAUAUCCUCAUGUCAGGAACCGAGUAUACAACAAACCUGAUGAUAUUUGGUAUCCGCGGAGGGAAAAUCCGCCAAAUUAUGGCAAAGGAACGUCAAGAUAUGAUUGUCCAAUCUUUGAGAAUAGAUCUGACAGAGGAUUGUUUAAUCCAAAAUCUGCUUGUGUUAGUUCAUAAAAGUAGAUAUUUCACUAGAUUUUUUUUA